CGACUUCUUUUUUUAACAUCAUCGUCACCCGAUUCAAUCACCUUUUAUUUUUUACAUGGCAGACCUUUCCGAUAUCGACGUUGAUACCAUUAUCGAACGGCUACUUGAAGUAAGAGGCAGCCGCCCGGGCAAGCAGGUGCAAUUGAGCGAAGACGAAAUCCGGUUUUUAUGUACAAAGGCACGCGAGAUAUUUAUGAGCCAGCCUAUUCUGUUGGACCUUGAAGCACCUAUAAAGAUCUGUGGUGACAUCCACGGACAAUAUUACGACCUUCUGCGCCUCUUUGAAUAUGGAGGAUUUCCACCAGAAGCAAAUUAUUUGUUUAUGGGAGAUUAUGUAGACAGAGGCAAACAGUCAUUGGAGACUAUUUGUCUCUUGUUGGCCUACAAAAUUAAAUAUCCUGAGAACUUCUUUAUUCUUCGCGGCAACCAUGAAUGUGCAAGUAUCAAUCGUAUCUAUGGAUUUUAUGAUGAGUGCAAGAGACGUUAUAACAUCAAGCUUUGGAAGAUCUUCACCGACUGUUUCAACUGUCUCCCCAUCGCAGCUCUUAUUGACGAGAAAAUCUUUUGCAUGCAUGGAGGUCUGUCCCCGGACCUUCAGAGCAUGGACCAGAUCCGUAGAGUUAUGAGACCCACAGAUGUUCCAGAUACAGGUUUGUUGUGUGAUCUGCUGUGGUCCGACCCUGAUAAGGAUGUUACUGGCUGGAGUGAGAAUGACCGUGGUGUGUCAUUUACCUUUGGUGCCGACAUUGUUGCCAAAUUCUUGCAGAAACAUGAUAUGGACCUCAUUUGCCGUGCUCAUCAGGUUGUCGAGGAUGGCUACGAAUUCUUUGCCAAACGGAAAUUGGUCACACUUUUCUCAGCACCCAAUUACUGCGGCGAGUUUGACAAUGCUGGUGCGAUGAUGAGUGUCGACGAUUCAUUGAUGUGCUCGUUCCAAAUCCUCAAACCAGCAGAAAAGAGAGCAAAGCCAGGAUACUCGGCAGGAGCUCUUCCCAGUGGUCGACUUCCCGCACCAAAAGGAGGAAAGAAAUAAGGAGUUUAAGGCACCCCACAUUUAUUUAGCAAUUAAAGAUCAGUUGUUCGUUAUUCAAG